AUGACAUCAAAUUCAGAGAAGAUAUACAAAUCAUCGGACGACGACAGCGGCGCUGAUCCCAAACCAAAACCCGAUCCCAAAUCGUUCUCACAGAAGGACAUUGAGAUGUCCAAGAAGUUUGUGCCCCAACCCGGGGGUGCCUUCACUGACGCCAACGUCCGAAGCGAUUUCGUGAAGAAAGUGUACGCAAUCCUAAGCGCUCAGAUCGCGGUCACCGCUGUCAUCGCACUUCUUGUGCUCACUUUCCUAAAAGACAAGGUCAAUUUCAAGCAAUUGAAUGCAGACAAUGACCGCAAUGGUUACAUUAUUGUACUCAUUGUGAUGGUUGUAUCGAUUGCGGUGACCAUCGCUGUCAUGUGUACCUUCUGUUUCUCAAAAACCGCCAGAAGAGCCGUUCCCUUGAAUUACAUCCUUUUGAUUGUAUUUACGAUCGCACAGACGGCUCUGGUCAGCAUCAUAUGUUGCCAAUACGGCGGCACAUCCAUUAUCAUAGCCUUUGUCGCCACCGGUGUUGUCGUGGUGUCCAUUACACUACUGGCGAUGACUCCUUUCUUUGACAUCACUCACUGCGGAUGUGUUUUAUUCAUAUUGACUAUCAUUCACGGGUUUGUCCUAUUGAUUGGCUUUUUACUCGUCUGGCUAUUGAAUCUGGAUGUGAGGACGUGGGAGAUAGUGGUCGGAACUCUCGGCGCUUUCCUCUUCUCUCUGUGGCUUUUAUACGACACCCAAAUCAUUCUCGGCGGCAAGAAAUACGAGUUGAGUCCCGAAGAGUAUAUCUUCGGCGCCAUUAGUCUCUAUAUCGAUAUCAUUCAGAUUUUCUUAAGUAUUCUUCAAAUUGUUGGCCAUUAA